GGUUCCCGAAAGCUCUCUUGGUGACUGCUGUUACGGGCUUACGCGUCAUCACACGAAUCCUCCCGCCCCUCGAGCGCACCAUCCUUCCAUUUUUUCCUGCCAGUAGACGUUAGACAGAGUUCUAAACCACAUCCAUCGAUCAGAUUUAACAGAACAGAUUGAACAACGCGACUGUCCGCGCGCUGCUGCAGUGGAAUGCUAACGAUCCGCGCGCUCGUCAGCGGACACCGACGGAGAUCGCGCGUCAAGAUUGAAGGAUUCUGCAGUAGCGAAAACGCUUUAGAGGACGAAGAAACUGUCCAUUUUAGCGUUUCGGAUAAUUUUUUCUUUGGAUCUUUCUAAAGCGGGAUUUACAUCAUGACGGCCACAAAAGAGCAGCAGAGCCAGAGACCGAAUCCGCAAGACGAGGAUUUGGGUGGCAUGAGUCCUCCUCAGAGGAACUGGAAAGGAAUUGCGAUCGCUCUACUGGUCAUACUGGUGGUCUGUUCCCUCAUCACAAUGUCUGUGAUCCUCCUGACUCCAAAUGAGACCUUACCGGGUAAAGACACCAAGUUAACUGUGGAGGAUCUUUUCAGCACUGAUUUCUUCGUGCAUGACCCCGAAGCUCGCUGGAUCAACGAAUCUGAAGUUAUCUACAGAAACCACAAUGGCCAUGUGAUCAAGUUUAACAUCCUCACAAAUGAAACAGAGAUUUUGUUGAAGAACACCACAUUUGAUGCUUUUAAAGCCACCAGUUACUCCAUCAGCCCCGACAUGAAGUAUGUGCUGUUCACGUACAAUGUCAAACAGGUCUAUAGACACUCAUUCACAGCGUCCUACAUUAUUUAUAACAUUCACACCAGGGAGGUUGGUGAGCUGGAUCCUCCAGAAGUGUUAAACUCUAAACUCCAGCACGCUGCAUGGGGUGUCCAGGGUCAACAGCUGGUGUAUAUAUUUGAGAAUAACAUUUAUUAUCAGUCGGAUGUCAGGAGUAACUCGCUCAGACUGACCUCAUCAGGGAAGGAGGGCGUCAUAUAUAACGGGAUUGCUGACUGGUUGUAUGAAGAGGAGAUCCUGCACACUCACGUAGCACACUGGUGGUCACCUGACGGGGAGCGAUUGGCAUUUCUGGUCUUGAAUGACAGUCUGGUGCCAAACAUGGUAUUGCCCACUUUCACUGGCUCUGCUUACCCGAAGGGCAAACAGUAUCCAUACCCGAAGGCUGGACAACUUAAUCCCAUGGUGAAACUGUUUGUAGUCAAUCUAUACGGGCCGACACACACUCUUGAGCUCACUCCACCCGAUGAGCUCAAACUGAGAGAGCACUAUGUGGUGAUGGUAAAGUGGAUCAGUAAGACUAAGACAGCAGUGCGCUGGUUAAACCGAGCACAGAAUGUCUCCUUUCUGACUAUAUGUGACUCUACUACUGGAGCGUGCAUCAAGAGGCAUGAGGAAACAUCAGAUGUUUGGCUCUCCAAACAGAACCAGGAACCGUACUUCUCUAGGGAUGGCAGUCGAUUCUUCCUGACAGUCCCUGUGAAGCAGGGCGGUCGCGGAGACUUCCAGCACAUAGCAAUGUUCACCUCACAGGUGCGGGCGGAUCAGAAUGAAGUGCGACAUCUGACAUCAGGUAAUUGGGAAGUGUCACAGAUUCUGGCUUACGAUGAGAACGCACACAGCAUAUAUUUCCUGAGCACUGAAGGUUCGCCCUGGCGCAGACAGCUCUACAGCGUGUCAACAGUGGGAUUGUUUCCACGGCGAUGUCUGACAUGUGAAUUGAAUAAAGCUCAUUGCACGUUCUUCAGUGCAGUUUUUAGCCCCAACAAACAGCACGUCAUACUACACUGCAAAGGUCCAGGAGCGCCAGCGGUGAUCAUACACACUUUAAACACUGCAAAUUAUUACAUAUUAGAAAAUAACGCAGUCCUCAAAGCUGCUCUCAGAUACAAAAGAAUCCAAGUGACGGAAUACAGAAGCAUCCAGACUGACCACUUCGAGUUGCCGCUAAAGAUUGCAUAUCCACCCGACUUCUCUGAGUCACGUACUUACGCUCUUCUUCUGCUGAUUGAUAGUGCCCCUGGUGGCCAGCAGGUGAAUGAGCAGUAUUCACUUGACUGGGACUCUGUGCUGGUCAGCUCCGACAGCGUUAUUGUGGCCCGUCUGGAUGGCAGAGGGAGUGGCUUCCUGGGUCAGAAGGUUUUACAGGAGGUGCACAAGCGUCUGGGAGUUGUGGAAAUUCAGGAUCAUCUGACUGCUGUUAAUUACCUGUUGAAACUGCCUUACAUUGACCGAUCCAGGAUUGGUGUGUUUGGUCAGAACUAUGGCGGAAAUGUCGCACUUCAGCUCAUUAAAUCUACUGAGAAUUUGUUUCGCUGUGCAGCGGCCAUGUCACCUGUCACUGACUGGACUUUGUAUGCCUCUGCAUUCUCUGAGCGUUAUCUAGGAUCUCCUCUCCAGGAUGACAACAGAUAUCAGUUAUCCAGUGUGCUUCAGAAUCCACAGGGCUUUAGGGACCAAACACUAAUGUUAUUACAUGCUACUGCAGAUGCAAACAUUCAUUUCCAGCACACAGCUGAGCUUAUUAAGAACCUUGUGAAGGUUGGAGCAAACUACACUCUACAGAUUUAUCCAGAUGAGGGUCACUUCUUGUCCAAAAACAGCAGACGGCACGUGGCGGCGACACUCAGCAGCUACUUCAGAUCCUGUCUGCAGGAGGAAAUGCUUCCUGUCAGCGAGGAAGAGGAGGAGGAGGAAGAGUGAAGAUGACAUGCACGCACACGCACAAUGAUACAACACAUACACAUUGGGACAGUAAAACACACUGGACAUUGAGACAAACAUAUAAAGCAGAACGCACAGACACACACUGUGUGCACUGACACCUACUGCUCUGAGAGAGAGAGAGAGAGAGAGAGAGAGAGAGAGAGAGAGAGAGUAUACUGUAUAUGCAUGUGUGUGGAUGGAUGGAUGGAUGUGUUAGGUAUGUCAGAGUGUGUUUCUGUGUACCUGGCUAUUAGAUUUGGGUUGGAAAUGGAUUGAAAUUCAAAGACACUAAUGGAAUAGUUCACAUAUCACCAAGAUCUUCAAGUGGACUGGGCUUCUCUGAUUGGCUCAUCCACAGCACAGACUCGUCCAUCAGCCAUUGCAUGCCAUUUUGCUUCACUCUCCAUCUACCUGUAUAUCAUCCUUCAGAAGGAGCACUACAUUCUGACUGUCAUUUCACAGAAAAGGCUCACUGUCUCCAUGACAACGGCUCGCUGAGAAGAACUGUAAAUCCAUCCAGCAAAGCCUCAAGGAUCUGUAUGUCUAGUGGAUUCUGCGUUGCUGGUGUAUGUUGUACAGAAGGUUUUAUGUUGGAUUACAGGAGAGAGUUUUCAUUCAUCACAGAUUUUCUGUCUCUGAAAUGCUUUUAUAUGGGCUCUAUGCAUGCGUGACUUCCGCGUUUCACGGUCAGAACCUAGACAAUUUCCAGUUGGGGAGACUUAAAGCGGAGAGAAAUGGAAAAAUGAGAAAAUAUUUAAAUUUGGCAGAUGCUGUACAUUGCGACACACAUUAGUGGUAUAUAGAAGUGCUGUUCUACCAUAUUUGAAAUGAUACUUUCAUAAGUUAACAUUUCGUUAUAACAUUCAAAUAUGGUAGAACGCCACUUCUAUUAUCUAUUGUACUAUUUUCUAAUUUUUCCAUUUCUCUCUGCUUUCUAAUUUUUCCAUUUCUCUCUGCUUUAAGUCUCCCAACAGGAAACUGCCUAGGGUUCUGACCGUGAAACGCGGAAGUCACGCAUGCAUAGAGCCUAUUGCUGACUGUUUAGUUUUGCUGUCGAGGUGGGGAGUGAGGGUGAAGGGGGUCUGGUUGAUAGUUAUUGUGCUCUAGUUAUGACAUUUAUGAUUAUAAAUAAACGGUAGUCAGACCCAACACUG